GACCACCAUCAUGUUUGUAAAGCAGUCUAUUUUCCUGCUGAUAGCUAUUUCCCUGACUUGUAAAGCUCAGCAAAUUGAUAAGUGUGCUGGGAUCCCAGGUCUUCCGGGCACUUCAGGUGUGAACGGGGUUCCAGGCAGAGAUGGAAGGGAUGGCAUACAGGGAAAUACUGGAUUACCAGGUCCUCAGGGUCCACCAGGAGGAAGUCCAGGAGUACCAGGACGAGAUGGACUGACAGGACCUAUUGGGGUCCCAGGAUUGCCAGGUCUAAAGGGAGACAAAGGAGAUAUUGGACUUCCAGGUAUCCCAGCUUUGUUGGAUGUGAAACUACAACAAUUUCUGGACAAGAUAGUUAAUCGAGUAACUAGAUUGGAAGGAGUUCUGCGCUUGGAAGGCAAAAUACUAGAAGUAGGAGAUAAGAUAUUGGCAACCAAUGGAAAAGAAGUUGAUUUUGAAACAUCUAAAGCUUCGUGCAAAAAUGUUGGUGGGGAAAUUGUCACUCCACUGAAUGAAGCAGAAAACAAUGCUGUUUUAAAUAUCGUUAAAGAUCGCAACAGAUAUACAUAUUUAGGAAUCAAAGAGGGUCAAACACCUGGAGAUUUCCACUAUUUGGAUGGAACACCAGUGAAUUACACUCACUGGAGAAGAAAUGAACCCAGUGGUAAAGGAAAAGAAAAUUGUGUUGAGAUGUACACUGAUGGGCAAUGGAAUGACAAAGCCUGUAACCAAUAUCGUCUUACCAUUUGCGAGUUUGAAGUAUUGUAGACAUGCAGGUUUUUUCCAUACACUUUCCUGCUUAUUAUUGUUUGAUCUGAGCAGUAAAUAUAUAGUUGAAUGUCAAUGUUUUAAAUAUCGAUUCUCAAGACCCUUGGAUAAAAAUGCAUGUGAUUAAUAAAUUAAUAGUGUUUGUAAUGCUUUGCUAUGAGAAAAUAAAAAGCUGAUGCAUA